ACAGUCGUUAUGCUUUUUACAUUUUUUUUUUUAUAGAUGAACCUAAAAUACUGACAACUUGCUGACUGGAGACCUGUAGUGAAUGAUCACUUGGACCUAUUUCUGUGCCUGUCAAGUGAUGCAGUUGAUGAGGAGGCAUGAGGUGUAGCCUAGGCUACUGUAGGCUACCGGUAGAUUGUUUUGUUAUGGGAUGUUUUGCUCCUCCCAUAAAGCGGUGUUGUUUUAAUUCAAUUCCUUGAAUUCUGUGUAAAUUGAAGAGGAUAAUUGGACAUGAUCAAACCAGCAAUGUUAGAAAAUGUCUGAUCAGUGAGAGGUCCCUGUGACUGUGAAUGGGUCUGUGAAAUACAUUAGGAUGAGCGGGCUCCACUCCAUCGCUGCCUGCGUGGACUGAGAGACACCGCCCUAUACACAGCAGUCGAUGCGGUCUUCCACUGCAUCACCCGUGGCUGACAAUCCAGCAUGUCUCGCGUCUCCACCACCGCCAAGCGUUACACAGGCUCCUCCUAUACCAGUGCCUAUAGCUCCUAUGGCUCCUCCCUGACGCCCUCCUCCCUCAGCUCCUACACCUCCGACCGGGACAGGCUGACCUCCUACAGGAGCAACGCUGCCUCCUCCUCGGGCUACUCCUCCUCCAGCUACCUGAGCAGCGCCGCCAGCCGCGCCCGCAACUACAGCACCUCCUCGGAGCUCGACCGGGGCCGGCCCAUCCCCCGCACUGACCUCCUGAGCAGCAGCAGCCGGCGCAGCGAGAGCCUGAGCCGCACCCCGGUGAAGACCUAUGGCUCGUCGGGCCUGAGCGGCGGCUCCGGUUACACUGGCUACAGCAGCUACUCCUCGUCCACCACGCCCAGCCGCUCCAGCUACCUCUCCUCGUCGCCCGGGGCCUCCAGCAUCUCUCUCAGCCGCCGGAGGUCGUCGAGCCAGAGUGACCUGACGCGGGACCUGUCGUCCCUGGGCCUCACCGAGCCCACGUCCCCCUCCUCCUCCUCCUCCAGCGCCCUGAGGGGUUACCGGAGCAGGGCCAGCGAUGUGGCCGACUCCUACAACAGCAGCCUGCAGAGCUCCAGCUAUGGCCUGUCCCACAGCGCUACGCAGGAGGCCUUGAGCAGCAGCAACCUAAAGAGCGGUGGUGGUAGCCGCUUCACCUCCUCCUAUGAGAGGAGCGACAGCAGCAGCAAUGGACGAUCCAGCUCCCCCACCAGGGACUCCCUGAACUCCAAGAGCACCCAGGGCCUGGUGGGCCUACGGAACCUGGGAAAUACCUGCUUCAUGAACUCCAUCCUGCAGUGUCUCAGCAACACGCACAACCUCCGGGACUACUGUCUGCACAACUCCCACCGACGCGACCUUAACAAAAACAGCCGCACCAACACUGGGGCCCUCAUGGAGGAAUUUGCCAAGCUCCUCCAGACCAUGUGGACGUCCUCGAGCAGCGAGGCGGUCGGCCCCUCAGAGUUCAAAACUCAGAUCCAGAGAUACGCCCCCCGAUUUGUGGGAUACAACCAACAGGACGCCCAGGAGUUCCUGCGCUUCCUGCUGGACGGGCUGCACAACGAGGUAAACCGGGUCACGGUGCGGCCGCGGGGCAGCUCGGAGGACUUUGACCACCUGCCUGACCGAGAGAAAGGGGAUAGAAUGUGGAGCAAGUACCUGGAGAGAGAGGACAGCAAAGUAGUGGACCUGUUUGUGGGUCAGCUGAAGAGCUCAUUGACAUGCAGCACAUGUGGCUACUGCUCCACUGUUUUUGACCCCUUCUGGGAUCUCUCGCUACCCAUCGCCAAGAAGGGCUACGGAGAAGUGAGUCUGAUGGACUGCGUGAGUCUCUUCACCAAAGAGGAUGUGCUCGACGGAGAUGAAAAACCAACGUGCUACAGGUGUAAAGCCAGAAGACGAUGCACAAAGAAGUUCACUGUACAGAAAUUCCCCAAGAUCUUAGUGCUUCAUCUGAAACGCUUCUCUGAAGCGCGGAGAACCAGCAAACUGUCCACAUUUGUCAACUUCCCCAUGGAGAAACUGGACCUCAGGGAGUUUGCCUCGGAAAACAGCAUAAAUGCAGUUUAUAACCUGUACGCAGUGUCCAAUCACUCAGGCACGACCAUGGGCGGCCACUACACAGCGUACUGUCGCAACCCCACCUCGGGAGAAUGGUACACGUUCAAUGACUCCAGAGUAUCGCCAAUGUCCUCCAGCCAAGUGCGCAGCAGUGACGCCUACGUGCUGUUCUACGAGCUGGCCUCCUCCUCGCGGAUGUGAGGGCCUCCCGGAGGAGGAGGUGGAGGGCACUGCGGGCGGCGGGAGGGAGGAGGAGGAGGUGGAGGGCACUGCGGGCGGGAGGAGGUGGAGGGCACUGCGGGCGGUGGGCGGGAGGAGGAGGAGGUGGAGGGCACUGCGGGUGGAAGGAGGAGGAGGGCAAAGCCAGGCCCUUUAGGACUAAUCACAUCCACAAGAGGCUACUUCUCCCCCUCCCCAACUCCAUCCACAACAGAGAGGCUACUUCUCCCCUCCCCAACUCCAUCCACAACAGAGAGAGGCUACUACUCCCCCUCCCCAACUCCAUCCACAACAGAGAGAGGCUACUACUCCCCCUCCCCAACUCCAUCCACAACAGAGAGAGGCUACUACUCCCCCCUCCCCAACUCCAUCCACAACAGAGAGAGGCUACUACUCCCAACUCCAUCCACAACAGAGAGAGGCUACUUCUACUGCUGGACGUCCACCCUCAGACUAUGGAAAAACUACAGGAAUCUGUCAUCUUUGCAGUUGCUGUUCAACCCAGCCCUCCUCACUCUCUUUUCUCUCUGCCGCAUCGCUCUCUCUCUGCUCUUGGAGAGCAGGGUGGUCGGAGGAGUCGGCCUGUGCUUGUGUGGUGCGUGUGUGUGUGUGUGUGUGUGUCUCAGAGAGUAUGUGUGUUAGGUUAAGACAGGGGAGCAUCACCAGGCAAUAAAAAACAAUCGUCUCCGUCUCCGAAGUCCCUCUCAAUGCACUACAACAAACCAAACUCAACUCUCGUCCCGACCGCACCUUCUUCUCUUCUUGUUCGAGAUCGCCUCAAUAUUAAAAGACAUUGUUAAAAAUUUUGUUUUGGGAUUUUCUUGUUGAUUUUUGUAUUGGUAUUACCAACAUCAUCACGGUGGAAGAUUAACUGAACUGUGUUGCUGUGGCAGCGCCCCCUGCUGACAGGUUGGAGUAGAACAAUAUGGAGCUGUCAGAAAGUCUUCUUACCACACCGCUCACACAAACCUGAGUGCCCCCUCCUGCCGACACACUGCAAUGUCUCAUCCCAGUUUCUCUGUUCAGCUGUGUACAGUACUACUCUGUCCUCUCACUGCUGCUCUCUCUCUCUCUUUCUCUCCUUGUCCUGCAUCUUCCUCUCUGAAGGUGUGGGGCAGGUUGUCCUCUUGAGAGUGCUACGUGUUCAGAGGAUGCCCUGUACCUUGUGUUAUUUUCUUCAGUGUGGCUGCGACUGAUGUUUUAAAGUGCUGUGAAUGAAAGGACGAUCCCGUAGGAAGUCACACUAUUGAUCACAAUCUUGUCCGUAUGGAUUUGUUCAUCCUCAAUUGUCAUGCCACUGAACAACACGGGAAGAAUGUUUUCACACAAAAAAAAAACAUAUCUGUAUAUUUUUAUAUUCUGAUGCAAUAUAGAGAAUGUACUUUUACAGUGGUGCUGAAAAGACCUGUUAGUGUUUUCAGUUAAUUUAACAGGUGAAGGAGAAAGGCUCUUAAUUAUGCUUACAGGUGACUUACAUGUGAUACGAGUCGUACUUUUUAACAGUGGCAGUCAAAACACAUGAAUUUAUUAUAUAUAUAUAUAUAUAAAUUAAUUUAAAGAAAA